UUUGAGGAUGCUGUGGACGGAUCUGUUGUUCGGGAAUUUAAGCAGCCGAUGGCUCCUGUGUCAGAGUGCAGCGUCACGGCCGACAGCAGAAGAAUUCUUGCAGCAUCCUAUGACAAAACAGUGCAGGUGUGGGACCUUGAAACAGGCAAGCUGCUGUGGAAGAUCAACUUUGAAACCUUCAUACUCACCUGUAAGUUUUCUCCUGACGGUAAGUACGUGGUCUCAGGCCUGGACGUGGACCGUGGCAUCUGUAUCACAGACGUGGAAAACAGCAGCACCGUAACCCACAUCAAAGGUCAUCACCAGAAGUCACUCACUGCAUGCUGCUUUGAUCCCGACAGCCAGAGGGUGGCCUCCGUGUCCUUGGACAGGAGUGUCAAGAUCUGGGAUGUCAUGUCUCAGGCCACGGUGCUCACCAUCACCAAGUCCUUAUUAUUCAAAUCUCCUGUUCUUCAGGGCCACGAGGACUGGGUGAUGGAUGUUGCCAUUAGCAACGACAAGAAAUGGAUCCUGUCUGCUUCAAAGGACAGUACACUGAGAGUAUGGAAUAUUGAAGAAAUCGAUGAAAUUCCUUUGGUAAUCAAGUACAAAAAGGCCCUGGGCUUAAAGGUUGGUAUUGGGUAAAGUCAAUGCAAAAGCUGUAACAGGCCUUUCUCUGUCUACGAAACUGACACCUUACCCGAAGGCGCCUCCAUAUGUGUGUUCUGCCGGAUGGACACAAAGAACAGGGCAGCAGGAGUGCAGCCGCCCGAGGGGAAGGACUGCCCCAGCGGGGAGCAGUCCAGCAGCGAUGACUGA